AUGGCCGUUUCUCGAUCCGCUCUGCUCCUCCUCGCGCUCGUGGGCUUGGCCGUUGUCUGCUCGGCUCAAUCACCCGCGCCCAAAACAACAACUCCACCCAAGACAACUCCCGGGAAGACCGGGGGAGCGCCGGCCGGACCGCCCGCGCCGUUGACGCCGUUCGACGAGGCCAUCCAGAAGCUCAACAAGUCGGGAUUCACCAGCUUCGUCUCCCUCGUCACCGCCUACGGCAAGAUGAAGGAGGUGAAGGCGGCUCUCUCGAAGCCUCUCACCAUGCUGGUGCCGUCGAACGCGGCGAUCGGCAAGCUGCAGAUCACCAAGUACAAAUCCACGGAGCUGAUGGUGGUCGUCGGAUUCUCCGCCUUCAAGAAGGUGAUUCCCUCCGAUGCGCUCCAGACCCUGCCCGUGGGGAGCAACAUCACGACGCUCGCGAGCACCAAGGCCGGCAAGCCCAUGACGCUGCAGAAGCUGGCGAACAACAAGAAGGGGCAGGUGGUGCUGCAGGGGAAGAAGGGCAGCACGAUGGCGAUCACCAAGCUCAACUUCUACCUCAAGCCCGGCAAGCUCGUGGUUCACACCACCGAUGCCGUCGCGUUCCCCACCACGCUCCAGGGCAACGUCCUGUAA